AUGAUUAAUGUUACCUUCAAGAUAGAUCAACUAAAAAUCAAUUUAACACAACUUGUAUAUCUUAAUCAAUAGAUUAUUUCUGAAAUUCGUCGCAUAUUAUACAAGUCUGGAAUUGAUUUAUCAGGUUGGGAUAGUUUUUAAUGCUAAGUCACUUAUAAUGAUGUAGUAUUAGAUUCUACUAAAACUUUUAAUGAAGCAGGAGUCAUAGAUUGUGCAAUUUUAUCUAUUAAACUUUCUUUACUUAUUACUCUAGAAAUUGUUAAUAAAUAAUUCCCAUCAUCGGAAAUUAAUGUAGAUGCAUUUGAUAGCAUUUAACAAUUUAAAGAUUUGAUGAUUCAAAAUUACUUAAGAAAUACUUAAUUUGACAUUAUUAUUAUUAAUGGAUUAGAUGGAAAAUUAAUGGAAAAAGAUACUUGGAUCUAAAAUGGUGUAGGAAAUUCUAUUCCAAUUUUAUUAGAUAUUUAAAUAAAAUAAAGAAUAUUAUGGAAAGGAGAGCUUUUAGACUGGAAUUUUAAUAUAUUUUAUCCAAUUUCCAAAGUCAUCCAAAACUUUAAAAAUAAACUCAAUAUUAAUGGAAUAGUUUCAUUAUAAUGUCAAAAUACUCAUCUUAAACCAGAAUUAUCAUAUUUCGAUCAUAAUCUACCUCUUAAUGUUAAUUGGUCAGCAAGUGUUCCUAAUGAAUUAAUUUAUAGAGUAUAAUUUUAAAAACAAUCAAAAGAAAAAUAAAUUAUCUGUAGUAAAGAUAAUUAAAUUAAUAAUGUCAUUAAAUAAUUAAGGAAAGACUUUAAUAUAAAUAGAACCAAUAAAAUUAUUUUAAUGUAUUAAUGGGCUUUAGAUUAACAUGCUACCUUUGCUUAAGAAGCAAUACCAAAUUUUAGUUUGUUGAAAUUAGUAGAAGAAGAAUACAAAGGAGAAUUUUAAAUAUUCUUAAAAAAUAUUAAUGAGAAUGCCUUAUAAACAUAAUCUAUUUAAACUCAAUAUGUAAAUAAUGAUACAUCACUUGGAGAAUUAUCAAGAAAAAUCCCUCAUUAAAAUGAUUAAGAAGUAAACUUUUAUUUUGAAUCUUAAGAUUAAAUAUUGGGUACCAAAUAAAGAAUGGAGGAUUUAAACAUUUAUUAUGGUGCCACAAUAAUGUAUAAAAUUAUAUAAAAAUAAAAUAUAGAAAAAAAUACUUUAAUAAACACUAAAAUAAAAGCUGUUGAAAAAUUAAUAGAAUUUAAAAAAUUUGGUCUUUUAAUUAUUGAUAUCAACAUUGUUAUCAAUAUUGACAAUUUAAGCAUUCAAAAUAACCUCCUUGCUUUAGCAGAAGUAGUGAGAUUUAAAUUAAGUCUACCAAAGAACUAAAUAAUUCAGUUCUCCUUAGGUACACAACUAUUAUCACUUGAUCAGUAGAUGUAUGAAAUUAUGAAUGGCAAAUUUGAAUUCUUACAAGCUAAAUUAUAAACAACAAUAAAAAUUUCAUUAUAAAAUAAGAAUACAAGUAAAAGUUUCUAGGUUGAUAUCAAUUUGGAAGACACUUUAAGGAAAAUAAGUGAAAAAUAUUAACUUGAAGCUAAAUUCUUAUAUAAUAAUAUUUAUUUGGGAUUGGAUGAAACUUUUUCUUAAUUAAAUAUUCUAAAUGGGGAAAUUAUUAUAUAUGAAUUAGUCUCUACUCCUAAGGAAGAUGUUGAAAUUCCAAUUGCUGUUUCUUCCUAAUCGGUUUCAUAAAAUAAUGAACUUCAUUAAGCUUCACCUUUUAAUAGUAAUGCUAUUUCUGUUGAAAAUCUUAAUUAAUAAUAAUUGAAAUCUCAAUAGAAUUCAAAUUAAGUUUAAGCAGAUUAACCUAUUAAUAAUUUGAAUGAUACUCUAAUCACAAUCAAAGCUUAAGCUGGAGAAAAAGUGUACAAAUUUUAGAUGAAAGGUAGUGAUAAUUUUGAAAUUCUCAAAAAAGCCAUUUUUGAUUUAGCAGUUUAAGGAGAUGAAUAAAAUGUGAAAUAGUAUAAUCUAAUUUAUGGUGAAUAGGUUCUAAGAGAUGAAUAAAUUGCUUCUACAUUAAAUAAAUAAGAAAUUUAAAUACAAUUUAAAUUAAAGUGA